UUAAAAAAUAAGAGGUGGAAAUUGUAUUAAGUUGUGUAUUAAUGAUAAUGCAUUCAUUUCAUCUUCGACACGAAGUUGAAAAGGAAUAUUAGUUCUUUUCAAUUUUAUUUACGCCGUCUACAAUUUUAAAUACACCAUAAAUAUAUACCUAAUGGAAAACAUCAAACAGACCUCAAACACAAAAAAAUGGGGAGUAAGACACACCCAAAUGGGUUUAAUGUUUUGUUGCAUGUCAAUCGGAUAUGCGUUAAGAACAAAUAUGGCUGUGGCUAUUGUAGCAAUGACCGACAAACAACAUGCCAAUAAGGAUUUCAGUGUGUUUGAUUGGAAUGAAAAGACAAAGAGUGUGAUACUAAGUUCGUUCUUCUGGGGCUAUUUUGUGACUCAAGUGUUCGCUGGACACAUGGGUCAAAAAUACGGUGCCAAAUUGUUAUUGGCCGGCGCUAUUGGCAUUAACGGUGUUAUGACACUCGCCACUCCAGCAGUAGCAUUACACGGUGGAUACGUUGCUGUAAUAGCAAGCCGUGUACUUCAAGGAAUGGCGCAGGGGUUUUUGUAUCCUUCGAUGAAUGUUCUACUGUCAAAAUGGGCGCCUUUGUCCGAGAAAAGCCGUAUGUUUUCUUUUGUGUUCAGCGGCAUUCAAUUUGGCUCGAUAGUGAUUUUGUCAAUAUCGGGGUUCCUCGUCGAAAGCGUAGGAGGAUGGCCAUCGAUAUUUUACGUUUCUGGAGCCAUUACUCUUAUGUGGGUAUGUGUUUGGUGUAUAUACGGUUGCAGUAGCCCUUCUGAACAUAAAACUAUUAGCGAUGCAGAGAAAGAAUACAUUACGAGUUCACUAAGCAAUACUGCAUGUACAAAGAUACCAACACCUUGGCGUAAAAUAUGUACGUCAUUACCUGUGUGGGCGAUUCUUAUCGCACAUUUGGCUGAAAAUUGGGGAUUUUGGAUUUUAGUCAUGGACAUGCCUUCGUACGUGCGGUUCGUCUUAAAAUUCGACAUAAAAUCAAACGGCUUCCUAUCCGCACUUCCGUAUUUGACCACAUGGAUGACAAUGUUAGUCUUUUCUUGGAUAAGUGACUGUAUUAGCAAAAAAAAUUGUAUUUCCAACACGGUACAAAGGAAAAUGUGGAACAGUAUAUCACACUGGGGCGGAGCAUUGGCUCUGUUUUCACUCUAUAUGUUUGACACGUCUGUUACGGGAGCCAUGUUCCUGUUGACAGCCGCGUUAACUCUAAACAGCGGCGUUUUUACCGGAUUCCUGUCCAAUCACUUGGAUCUGGCACCAAAUUUUGCGGGCACGUUAAUGGGCAUAACCAACAGUUUGGCAAAUUUGACAGCCAUUGCCGGAUCGUUACUAGUAGGAUUUAUCGUCACAGAAAGUAGCAACAAAGACCAAUGGGGUAUAGUGUUUUUAAUUUCGGCCAUCGUAUUUUUUGCCGGCAACUUAUUCUAUAUUGUUUUCGGGACAGCCAAAACGCAAUCGUGGAAUUAUACUUCAGAGAACCAGAAAGAAGAAAAAACUGAAGAGGAUAACGCGAUACUGUGAUUUUUAAUUAUAUAUUUAUUAGUUCUAACAUAUUACUAAUGGAUAAUUUUAUCCAUUAGACAUUCAAAAACUCUUGUUUUGAGAUUUAUACACUGAAUAACUAUACAUAAAUGAUUAUACAUUUUAAGCAGGAUUAUAAAAUUACAGCAAUUUACCUAAUUUACACUAUAGAUAAAAUUAGGAAUUAGUCGACUAAAUUAUUAUUUGGUUGAAAAAAUAAUAGCCUAUUCAA